UUUCACAGAGUGAGUCCUGCAGUUAAUUUGUGGUUUCCAUCUGCUCUGAACCCUGAAAGGAGUAUCCGCAUUCAGUUAUUCGUCAAAAAGCUUUUUUCCCGCACAUCAUGAAUGACUCGCAAAACUCGACGUGUAAAGUUUUAAUGCAUCGCUACGCCAUUACUACCGAAGUUGACGAUCUCCGUUUUACAUAUAUCUCAAACAGUAUUUUAAACAGUUUAUUGUCGCAUUUUACCAUCAUGUUUAACAUUGUAACCAUCUGCGCGGUUCGAAAAACUUCAUCGUUGCCAAAGAGCCUGAAAACAUUGCUUUUGAGUCUAGCCGUUUCUGAUAUUGGAGUUGGUUGUCUUGUUCAACCAUUUUACACUUCACUCUUGAUCAAGAACCUACUGAAAGAGAUCCCCAGCUGCAACGCGUUCAAUAUGUUUGUAAUCAUACUGGGUUUGUUUUCUAUCGCUUCGUUCCUGAGUGUCGUGGCUGUAAGUGUAGACAGGUUCUUAGCUAUUCAUCUUCAUCUCAGAUACCAGGAACUUGUGACUCACAAGCGUGUUGUCGCAGUGGUAAUCUCAAUAUGGCUGCUAAGCGUGUUUCUCACAUCUUUGAUCCUCUGGGUUCCAUCGCUAGUGCACUCGAUAUUUUUGAUCAUUUUGUGGGUUUCGUUCUUCCUUGUCACAACAACAGUUUACGUUAAAAUUUACUUGGCGGUAAGAUACCACAAGAAAGAGAUUCAGUCCAUGCAGAUACAGCAGGUGGAACACAGCGGUGAGAUAGCAAACACCGUGAGCGUCCUAAAGUCUGCAGUCGGCGUUUUCUACGUGUAUCUCAUUUUUGUUGCUUGCCAUCUGCCUUACUUGCUGUGUUUGGCAGUCGCUGACCCAACCGUGACAAGUAACACUACAAAGAGCUUGUACCUCUUCUCUCAUACUUUUGUAUUUUUGAAUUCAUCUCUGAACCCUGUAAUUUACUGCUGGAAGAUGAGACACAUUCGGCACGCUAUCAUAGUUACACUGAGGAACAUGCCCUGGUUCAGAAAGAGGAAAAUAUCGCACUAAACUUGGCCUCGGUCGGUCACUACGGAGAGUGUUAAAGACUGAAAAAUGUUGACUAACAGCGGUAGAAUUUUCUAGGAUUGCUUGAUUGAAAUAAGGGGAAUUAUGAAAAGACUUUCGAACCGACUUCACAGCAUGACCUUCAUCUUUAUCUUUGCGCGAUCUCAUUUGAAAAUAAUUUAAAACGUUUCAAUUAUUCCUUCCUGAUUUAAAUGACAGCUAUAAAACAGAGUAACAUGGUAAAAAACAUGAAGUAUGGUAAACUUUCUUGCUUUUUGUUUGUAAAGCCCUAUACUAUCUGUUAGUCGUAGGAAGCCGCAUAUCUUGUUUGAAAACAGAAUUAGAAAGUGAUAGAAAUUCGAAAACAAAGACACUAACUUUUGGACAGAGAAUAAUGAUCUUGGUUGAGUGAUCUUUGCCGUAAGUGCUUUCGAGAGUUAUCUUCGGAUUAAUCCGCCACGUUAAGGAUUUCUUUACUAAUUGUUACUGCACUUAUGCGGAAUCUGUGGCUGGAAUUAACAACUCCGCGUCUUUAUAAAAACAUGAUCUUUAUUACUCUACGACUGAUGUUGUGGUUGAAACUACAGAAAAUAGCAAACGAUUACACUUGUUACACAACAUACAACCUAAAGAAUAACGAUCUUUCAGGUCUUUUUCUAUGUAAAAGGUCUCUUUGAAAUCCCGGCCGGCAGGUCGUUGUUUAUUUAACAUAAGAAAGGAGAAGCGAAAAACGUAACCUCUAACUUUUAAAGAUCUAAUUAUUAAAAAUAUUUCUUUGUGUUGGGGUCUUGGUUGUGCACUCGAAUAUUUGGUAAUAAAGCAACCCACCUCUGAGUUUGAAGCGGGCAAAUUACCGAAUGAGGUGGGUGCUCAUUUCA